UCCAUUCUACAUAAUAUUGUACCAAAUACUGCGACUCAAUCUUUUAUAUUACGCUUAGGAAACAAUUCUGCUAACCUUGCUAUGCCACGUGAAAAUCCAUCCACCACCAACAGCAUCCUCAUCUAUCCAGCUGGCAACUCUGUGGCGCAGCAUCUAAGCGCUGUGCCGCUCCCCCUCCGUUUUAAAGGCAUCGAACCGGAAGUGAAUUACAGGCAGUCUCUGGCUUUUAACCAAUCUGAGCGCAGUUGAUUAAAUAUGUUGUUGGCAUAGCCCCUAUAAGAAUGCAUAGGCUUUUUUCGACGUGGAGGGACUUUGGCAAUACCAUUUUAAUAUAUUACAAAACUAUAAAUCACGUUAUUUAAUUUAAGACUUAAAUUCAUCCUAAUUUCACUGUGUCAUAUUAAAUGUAAUUGUCAAUCGUUGCCACACUAUGCCAUUGAAACUAAUUUUGUGUUUGUUUUUUUCCUUCCAUUUGCAUGUAUAUGGGAAACUGAAGACCAUUUCAAGCUCACAGUAAAGAUGGCACAGAUGUGGAAGGUGGUCGAGUUCACGGACAAAGGCGCUGCCGUAGUGCCAUCCAGCUGGCUCGAGGAGGCUGGGGAAAGCUGGAGGUGUUACUGGCCUGGCUCCUAUGACCACUGGCGGCUCCAAAAAUCCGUUUUAAACCACCUUCCACCAGGUCAAAACUGGGAUGUUUUUGAUGACGUGAGGGUCUUGGUAGGCUGUGCAACAUAUGGUAAGGCCAAAGACUAUUUGGAUAAGUGUUUGCAACCUGACUGUGCAACUACAGAUCUCCAGUCAGAGGCUGAGAUUCCGGACAAGAGGAAAAGAAGGGCAAACCCACGCUACAAGCAAGGUAGCAAUCUUGAAAGAGCGGGCUCAUCAGUUACAGCCAGGAGUUGGAGCUUGCCACGAGAGGCUAUUGGAGGUGAGGACACUAAUGAGGAUGAGCCAACCCCUAGAAAAACGGCAAGGCCAGCUAUUGACUUUGGGCCAGACAUCAAUAGUGAGUGGCUAUUUGGGUCAUCAACCACCCAAAGAGACUCACAUGAAGGGCAUUUUACACAAGAUGCACGUCAGCCACACCAACAGCUGUUGCGUGAUAUUGGAUUAACAAAAGUGAUACAGCUGUUGUCGCAAGUGCUGGACGAAAACAGACAAAUGAAAGAGGAAAUCAGCAAGCUGGGGAGUGACAUUAGGGCCCUAAGGAGAGAGACGGUGAGGCAGGCAACCCCUGAAGCUUCCCCGUCAAACAUCAAACUGCCUCUCAACACAAUGGAGGAGUUUGAACAGGCAGAAGCUCUCAUCAAGGAAAACCCGCUCAAGAAGCAAAAAAUGAUCUCUACAUUUACUCUUGUUGGUGGGCACACUGCUGAAGUGACCGUAAGGCGGAUGCUGCAGAAUGGCCUCACCAACAACCUGGCUAGCCUUUUCAACUGGGCAGGAAAAGGCCACAAGAAACCUUUUAAAGAAACGAUGCUCAGUGAUGUACUGUAUGCUGCACUCCAAAAACAGCUGCCAGGGAGCACAAUAAUGAUUUAUGAAGGCACGGUGAAGAAGUGGUUGAAGUACGUUCCGGAGAGAGACGGAGGCGUAGGGAGGCGAAGCAGGCCAGCGCAAGAUCAGGCGCCUUCAUGACAAGACAAGACAUGGAACAAAAAUAAACCUGGAUCCGAUGGAAC